UCCAUCUGGCCUGCCGCUUCAACCGUUUGGCGCCCUCCCAGUUCCUUUCCUUUCUUGCCUCUUUGCUUUCACCUCGUAAUCUCCAAACAAUCAUCCUCUCCUUGAACCCACCAACGUUUUCUCCACCCCUUUGUUUUAAUUCCGCCAUUACUCUUGUUAAAGACCAAAUCAUGCGUUGAAGAAAUCACUUCAAGAAAUUUUGUCGGUUUUGAAGAAUAUCAGAUCUUUAAGCAUCACCUCUCUUGAUAUUCUUAUUCCGCUUAGGUGAGAAGUACAGGGUUAGCUUGAAAACAACAGACCAAUCUACUCGAGGAUGGCGACCAUGCACUCAACUAUAGUGUUUAUUAUGGUGGAGAUGUUGGUGAUGAUGCUCGCGGUUCAUGCAGGGGAUACAAAUCCUGAAUUUGAUCCCUGCUCAGAUGCAAAAGUUCAAAGAUCGGACGGUUUUUCAUUUGGUCUUGCAUUUUCCUCAAAAGAUUCUUUCUUUUUCAAUCAAACACAGCUUUCACCCUGUGAUCAGCGUUUGUCACUUUCAGCUAAGAGUGCUCAGUUAGCCAUUUUUAGGCCUAAGGUUGAUGAGAUGUCUCUGCUCACCAUCAAUAGCAGCACUUUCGAUCCAAGAAAUUCCGGUGGUUAUAUGGUUGCAUUUGCCGGAAGACGCUAUGCAGCCCGUUCCAUCCCUGUUUUUGUUGCAGAUAGUGCUCAGACCGUCACCAGUUUUACCCUGGUUCUUGAAUUCCAGAAGGGCACUCUGCAAAAUCUAUUUUGGAAGAAGUACGGAUGCGACGCCUGCUCUGGGGAUUCUUUUGUUUGCAUGAACAAUACGGAUUGUGCAAUCCGGAAUUCCAAGUGCAAGGGCAACGGCGGAUCUCUUGACUGCAACAUAGGCAUCCAGUUGGCCUUUUCGGGCACAGACAAGAAUGACGAUGUUCUCAAUUCUUGGUACGAGGUGUCCAACCUUCGACAAUACUCUCUGUAUGCCCUCUACUCGGAUCUUCGCGAUUCUCUCACCAGCCCUUUUAAAAACCUUUUCUGAAGGCUCUUUGUGUAAUACUUGUAAAAUCAACACUCACACUUGUUUUUUAGCUCCUGAAACUGCGACCUAAAAUGUAGCACAGUAUUUUUAUGAUCGGUUCAGUUGCUAUUAUAUAGGCCAGAUUGCAAUCAAUAUGUUAUCACUUGG